CUUUAAAGUCUGAACUUUCAUUUCUCUCCUGGCUCACCAGAGAGCAACUUAGUGACUGAAUUCUCAGGACAUAGUCUUUGGCCUCCAUUUGCUCCUCUCCGCAGAGUUUGGGUCUCUCAGUUGGUGUCUGAAGAUGUGAGAACAAUUUUAGGGUGCAGAGUUUGGAGGAAUUUAUAAGAAAACACUGUCUUUGCUCUGCUUGUCAUUGUAGUCCUUCCUUGACUUCUGCACUGGGUUCAUUCGGAACCUCUAUUUCGUACAUGGCCCUGUUUCUCCAUCCUUAUCACAUAGGCACCUCAGCAGAAGUGCUAUGACAUAGGAUUACAGCAACGAUGGCCUCAUCAAUCCUCGAGAUGAUAAAGGACGAGGUAACCUGUCCUAUCUGUCUGGAGCUCCUGAAGGAACCUGUGAGCACUGAUUGUGACCACAGCUUCUGUCGAGCCUGCAUCACACUAAACUAUGAGUCCAGCAAAAGCAGAGGCACAGAAGAGGGCAGCUGCCCUGUGUGCCGAGUUCGUGUCCCAUUUGGGAAUCUGAGAACUAAUCGACAAAUGGCCAAUAUAGUUGAGAGGCUCAAGGGGUUCAAGUCCAUUCCAGAGGGGGAGCAGAAAGUGAAUGUCUGUGCACAACAUGGAGAGAAACUCCAGCUCUUCUGUAAGAAGGACAUGAUGGCCAUCUGCUGGGUUUGUGAGAGAUCUCAGGAGCACCAUGGUCACCAAACAGCUCUCAUUGAAGAGGUGGACCAUGAGUACAAGGAGAAGCUACAGACAGCCCUGCAGAAGCUGAUGGAAAAUGAGAAAAGAUGUGAUGAAUGGCAGGAUGACCUUCAGCAACAGAGAGCUGACUGGGAGAACCAAAUACAGAGCAGUGUAGAAAAUGUUCAGAGACAGUUUAACGGAUUAAGAGAGUUCCUGGACUCCAAGGAGAAUGGGGAGCUGCAUAGGCUCAAGGAAGAGAAGGAAGAGGUUGUGAAAAGGCUGGGAGAGUCUGAAAAUGAGCUGGUGCAGCAGAGGCAGUGGGUGAGAGACCUCAUCUCAGAUGUGGAACAUCAGUUGGAGCUCUCAACCAUGGAAAUGCUGCAGAAUGUGAAUAAUGUCCUGAGAAGGAGUCAGACCUUGAGACUGAAACAGCCCCAAAUGAUCCCGAAAAAAACAUACCAACCUCCAGAUCUGAACAGCAUGCUACAAUCAUUUCAAGGGCUCAUGAUGUCCAGUGAUACUGGGUGCAAUAAUAAUUCAUCCUUUUCCAUACUCCCGAAGAAACAGCUGUUUCACCUUUAGAAGAAGUAGCACCUCUGAUCCACCCACCACUGUUGGAACACAAUCAAAAGAAUGCCACAUGAUUGUGAACAAUGCCUUGGAGACCUGUGACAGUGGCCCCAGAAGGGGAAUAAAGGCAGAGGGACUUUUACCUCAAAUGGAUUCUGUUCCCUGGAUUGUUCUUGGAUGUGAUUUCAUGCCUGUUGGGAGAAAAAUUCUCAUUCAAUUUGUAAGAGUUGCUUAUUCUUUUUGGAUGUCGGAAUAUAGCUACAGAUCCAUUCUGGUGAAAGCAUAUGCUGAGUAUUUGCCACAAUGUAUCCUGAAUCUGAAUAUGGCCUUGACCCUUGCUUUCAUGAUUUACCAGAUAUAGCUUAUAGUAAAUUUCAGCCAAUUGUGUCUAAAUUUUUCUGCCUUGAGAAAGUUCCAGGAAGGGCUGCUCUGUUAAUAUUUAGUAUAUACUUACUAGCACAUAUUUACAUAUAUUUCUAAACUCAAAUAACCUUUCCUAAAUUGUAGUUUUCUUUGUAUACUCGUAUAUAAAAGUACUGAAGUACAGUCUGCAGCAUUAGAUUAUAUUCUGCCCCAUUCUUUCAAGUCUUCAAACCCCAGUUCUUUUUGAUAGAUCUACCUGGUUUGUGGUUCCAGAGACAGAAUUCAGGUCUUCAUGCAUGCUGAGAAGGUGCCCCAUCAUGGAGCUUUCUGCCCCAACUCUGUCAGGUCUCCACAGGCCCAUUCUUUCUGUCACUCAUAAAAGAUAAACGAAAGUUCUUCUGCAGCUUGCCUAGUGGUUUUGAAAAUUAUGUGUACGAGCAUCUCGCUAAGGAAUGGGCCUUAGCAGAAGGUCAUUUUAGCGGCAAUGCUUGCGCCUCAUCAAAUAGUUAAGAAGGAAAUAUUUCAAAUGGUACCAAAUAAGACUCCUUUGUAAGCUUAGAUUUUUCAAACCCACUUUAAUAAGGGUUCUAAGGUGCUUUAACCUCCCCUCUAGUCCAUCACCCACCAGACCGUGAAAAGGAAAGGUUAAUAGAGCACAGGAGGAUGUGGACCUGUUUAGAAAUACUUCUUUGAGGUGAAUCUGUCUGCACUGUCAGGAUAUCAGCCGUUCAGAUCACAGAAGUCAACAGUGGUAGCUCAGUCUGCUUGCAAACACCAUUGCGAAUCAGCAAUGGCUGUUCAUUCCAGAAGAAACAGUGAGGCUCUGCCAAUCACCCUAAGACCAACAAAGACCAGUAAAGACCACCAAAGAACAGCAAAGAACAGCUGUGUCUGUGAAAAAUGCAAGAGAGAGCACUUACAGGGCAGCAAGUAGAAUCCAGAUGUGGCAUCACACCCUGGCAGAGGAUGCAGCAGCCCAUUCAAAACUGUGGCCAUGCUUUGGUUGAAGAAUGAGAAUACCUGGAGUAUAAACUCACAAGUGUUUUUACUUUUAUCAAAUUAUAAAUCUACAUUUAUACUUAAGAUAAAAAUGUUCAAAUUAAUAGAUCUUCAAAAUUCUUUUUGUUUAAUAUUUCCUCUCAAAUAGUGUUCCAUGGGAAUCCCUUUCCUCUGUUAGAAAUAAAUGUCAAUGUAUAUUGUACACAGUUAGAAUCACACACAUGGUAGCACUGCUCACUGAAAGUGUGGCCAGUGCUUUGCUCACCUGGUCAUCUUCAUCCUUUUCACUGAGGUCAGAGGGUAAUGGCAGACUAAAUAUAAAGUCUAAUCUUUGCAGAGUUGGGAGUGGAAUUCUGCCUAGAGAGAACAUUCAUGCAGAGUUAGAUCAUAAUCUGGGUAUUUAAUAGUUUUAAUUCCCAAACAGGCCUUAGGAAGAAACAGAGAAAGCCUUAAGUAAAAUGUAGAAAAGACAGAGACAUGGUAGCUCUUGCCUCUAUAUUUCCAGGAAUUAGAAACUAUCCUAACACUCUAAAUACUUGGUGAGUUCUAGGCCAGGCUUGAAUAUAGACUAAAUCCCUGCCUCAAAAGAAAUGUUAGAGGGUUUUUCAUAACUAUUAACAUUUCAGAAGACUUGGAACAUCAAAGCAUUGUUUGUAAGCAAUUGUGUCCACAGCAAGAACAACAGUGAGGCUUAUGACCUCAUCAAGAUAUGAAAUUUAGGUAAGUGUAUAGCUAUGGAUAGAGCACUAGCCCAGCAUCCACAAGGACCGUGGUUCAAUCACUGAAGUCAAAAGCCAAACUAAACAACAACAGCAAAAGUUCAUGAUCCCAGCACUGGGGAGGCUAAGGGAGCUAGAGCUCAUUUAGGGUCAGUCUAUCUGAAAGGAAGAAGAGUAUAAGACAGUUGUAAGUAUGUGAAAUAAAUUCAAACUACAGAGUUA